ACUACGCAAGCUGCGUAGGGCCCCGCAAAUUACUCAAGGCCCCGCCUCCUCCUCGUGUCAUAGCGCGUCAUGUCACCGUCAAUUAAUGUUUACAACAUCCAUGACAAAAUGAAGCGAAACUAUCCUUCUGGUCACGAAAAGAGGAAAAAAAAAAAAACCUAUGAAAGUGAACUGCGGGAACAACAAUCAGGUGCUAUGCUUAAGUUUGUCAGUAGAGGAGAUGCUGGACCAUCAGCCAGUACAAGCACAGACUCAGUUGAUACACAUCCAGCCUCAGCCAGUACUAGCACAGACCCAGAACAGCCAGCUUCAGCAAAUACAGCACAGCAGUCUUCAACAAGUACUAACACAGACCCAGGUGAAGUACAGGCAGUCUCAGCCAGUUCUAGCACAAACCCAAUACAGCCAACUUCAGCAAAUACAGUACAGACGUCUUCAGAAAGUAGGAACACAGUGACAGACCCAGGUGAAGUACAGGCAGCCUCAGUCAGAGAGAAAGAGAAAGAGAAGAGACUGAGAAACAGCAAGAGGCAUUUCAGCUAUGAGGCUCCUGAUGAACCAAUGACUGAUGCACUGAAAAACCUUGAAGUCAACUUCUUUAACAUUGUGGUCGACUCUGCUGUGACAUCCAUGGAUGAGAGAUUUGAAACACUCAACCAGGUGAAAUCCAAAUAUGGAGUGUUGCUAAACUUCAGCACUGCCUCACAGAUGUCUAGUGAAUCUUUAAAGGCUCACUGCAUGGAAGUUCAAAAUACUCUAACCUUCAGAGAUGACUAUGACAUCAGUGGAAUGGAUCUGGCACACGAGAUUCAGAAUUUACCUGAUCUGCCAUCAGAUAAGAUGACUGCAUUUGAGUUGCUUUCAUUUCUUUGUGAGAAAAACCUGGAGGAACUCUAUCCUAAUCUUUGGAUAGCCCUAAGAAUUGCAGUCACCCUGCCUGUAACAGUAGCAUCGUCAGAGAGGAGCUUUUCAAAAUUAAAGCUCAUCAAAAGCUACCUGAGGUCUUCAAUGUCACAGGAACGUUUGAGUGGAUUGGCCAUCAUGAGCAUAAAUCAUGAUGUGGGGAAACACUUGUCCUAUGAUGACAUCAUUGAUGAUUUUGCCUCAAGAAAGUGCAGAAAAGGAAUAUUUUGAUGUUUCUUCUAGACAGUCCAAAUAGACUGGUGUUGCCCAUACUGAUGCCGAAAAUGCCCAGGCUGUAGAUAGAACCUACACUGUUAGCAAUUGAUGUAAUUUUUACAAUAAAUUUUACAACAACG